AUGAGAGCCGUUUAUUCACUUAACAGCCUUAACCGCUGGUCCUGCAAGAGCGGCAAUCCUCCCGAUGCUGGAGGAAUCAAGGGCAUUCAUGUUUACGACUUUGACAAUACACUCUUCUCCAGUCCUCUACCUAAUCCCCAAGUAUGGCAGUCGCAGGCUAUAGGCAUGCUGCAGGCUUAUGAGACCCUCGCGUAUGGUGGAUGGUGGCAUGACUCGAGUAUUCUGGCCGCUACCGGACAAGGUCUUGAAAAAGAAGAGCCCCGGGCUUGGGAAGGAUGCUGGAAUGAGACUGUAGUUCAACUUGUUGAACUUAGCAUGCAAUCAAAAGAGGUGGUGACAGUUCUAUUGACUGGAAGAGGAGAGACGAAUUUUGCCGAUUUGGUCAACAGGAUAUGCAACGCCAAAAAACUCAACUUCGACCUAGUCGUUCUCAAACCUGAAGUCGGUCCCACAGGCCAGAAAUUCGAAUCCACCAUGUCCUUCAAGCAGGAGUUUCUGAAGGAGUUGACCUUCACAUACAAGCAUGCGGAUGAGAUUCGGAUCUACGAAGACAGACCAAAACAUGUGAAAGGAUUCCGUGACUUCUUCGAGCGAGUCAACAAGAGUUUAAUCUCUCAUCCUGCGGAUCAACCGCCACCUCCUCGAAAGCCAAUCACAGCCGAAGUCAUCCAUGUAUGUGAACUAAAGGCAACUUUGAAUCCCGAAAUCGAAGUCGAAGUUGUGCAACGAGCAAUCAAUCGUCACAAUCUUUCAGUGUCAACAGGUGGGCCAAACCCUACACGCUCAAUCAACAAGCGAAUGAAGAUCGUGGAUCACUUUCUCUAUUUUGGCUACCUGAUCAGUCAAACGGAUUCUGCUCGCCUGAUCUCCCUCGUCAAUACCACACCCCACUUGAUUGACUCUGGAGAGGUUCGACUGCUUGCAUCUAGCAUCCUCAUCGCCCCCUACUUUCCAAAAAGAGAUCUCUUGCAAAAGGUUGGUGGACGAGGCAAGAAGGUGACAUGGCAAGUUACCGGGUUCGCAAAAUAUGAAGAUCGUAUAUGGGCUGCUCGAGUCUCUCCUGUCACGGAAACGCAGAUUUCAACACAGGAUCCAACACCACUUGUUGUUCUUGCCAUUCGCAAAGGCUCUAGGCAAGUUGAUGCGGCCAAGAUCACAAAAUGGGAACCAGUUGCUCCAGAGAAGGCAUUCAUGUUCGAAACCACCGUCGGGGACAAAGUACUACUAAAAAUCGAGCCCGAUGAUAUGUUCAGAGGUAAUAAUGGCAGAGGCCGUUCCAACUUCGACCGGAGUCUAACGGAAUCGACGCACAAGCGAAAAUUUGACGACCAGGAUUACCGGGGAAAGGAGAACUACACAGGCGUAGCUGCGGCUGGAGCGGAGAGAGACAAUCGCGGCUGGGUUCCCAAGGAGCAAGGUGGCGCAAAUGGCCGGUUCAAUAUGCGGCAUACGAGCAAGAACCAAUUCAACAAUAAGAAUAACCAAGCUGGGGGCGGCGCGAGAAACGUCCAUCAAAGUGUACAGGGCAAUACUACCAGAUCACGAGGUAACGGGGCUGGUCAAGGUGGUAAUAGAGGCGGCGGAAGAGGUGGUCACGCACCUCCACGCGGUCCUCCUGGCUACAAGAGUCUUGAUGACUAUGGACCUGGGAAUUUUGAUGGUGCCACCGAUUCCAGAUCAGGCGGUGCGAAUGCAGAAAUGGUCAUGAAUUAUUGA